UUGUGCGUGCCGUCGCGUUGGAAGUGUUUUGUUGUCCAGUGCAGUGUUCCCGGUCGGAAAAUGGAUACAAGUACCGGGAUGUUGUGGGUAUUGUUGUUGGCGACCGGGUUGUUUCUUCGUGCUGCCAUUUCGUUGCAUUCUUACUCCGGGGCAAACCGGCCUCCGAUGUAUGGAGAUUUUGAAGCACAACGGCACUGGCAAGAGGUGACGGUCAAUCUUCCGUUGGGUGAUUGGUACCGGAACACGUCGGACAACGAUUUGCAGUACUGGGGAUUGGAUUAUCCUCCUCUCACUGCUUACCAUAGCUAUCUGGUUGGCUUAUGGGCAUGCCGGUGGCACAAGGAAUCGUUCGUCGCUUUGCACACGUCGCGAGGUAUCAGCACGGAUGAGCAUAAACAGUUUAUGCGAAACACUGUCCUACUGGUCGAUGCUGUUCUAUACCUUCCGGCCAUCCUGUACGCCACGUACACAGUAUGGAAAAGAAUGGCAAAUGGUGCAGCGAAACCUCACAGGGAGAUAGAUUGGCUUUCUCCAGCUCUGGCUGCACUGUUUCCGGGACAAAUUCUCAUCGAUAACGGGCACUUCCAGUACAACAACGUUUCACUUGCCUUAUGUGCUCUCGCCGUUGUGGCCAUCAUUGAAAGGCGAACGCUGGCAGGAGCGAUACUAUUCUGUCUCGCACUGAAUUACAAGCAGAUGGAGCUCUAUCACGCUUUGCCAUUCUUUUUCCACCUUCUGCGGAACUGUUUCACCACGGAUGAUAAUUCUUCCACGCCUGGACAACGGGUCUUAAUGGGUGUGAGAAAAUUGACCGUGCUCGGGGCAACCGUUCUGCUAACAUUCAUCAUCCUUUGGCUUCCUUGGUUGAGCUCACUGGACGCUCUCGGGCAACUAGUGCAUCGGAUAUUCCCAGUUGCACGUGGCGUGUUUGAAGACAAAGUGUCCAACGUGUGGUGUGUGGUGAACGUGUUCGUGAAGUUAAGGAACAUUCCCAACACAACGAUGGCACUGGUUUGCCUGCUGUGUACCUUGAUGGCCGUCCUGCCAAGUGGAUUGCAUUUGCUGCUCCAAAAAACACCUACAGCCCGGAGCUUCCUUUAUUCACUCACCGUGACGGCCCUUGGAUUCUUCCUGUUCAGCUUUCAAGUGCACGAAAAGUCGAUUCUUCUAGCAACACUACCGGCCACACUGCUCCUUCCAUUGGAACCACUCGUUUCAUGCUGGUUUCUACAAGUGGCCACCUUCAGCAUGUUACCUUUGCUUCACAAAGAUGGUCUCACUGGAGCAUUCGUUGCUCUUACGAUCAUCAGCCUUGCAUUGCUCCGGACAGCUGACGGAUCACAGGGACUACAGUCAUCCAACAAAAAUCAGAAGUCGACAUAUGAUGUGCUUCAUCUACGUAGACUGUUACCCGUGGGAAUUCCAGGCCAUCCCACCGGCAGUAUCCUAUUAGUACUCUUCUACCUGUCACUGUUGGGACAGAUGUUACUGCUGGGCGCCUUCCUAUGCCUGACUCCACCGGCGCAUCUACCGUUCCUGUAUCCUCUUCUUAUAUCGGCAUACAGUUGUGGACACUUUGUGCUAUUUUACCUGUACUUUAACUACAGACAAUUCUGUAACUUCGGAACUGUUGAUGCGAACAAACUGCCAUCUAAAAUAAGUCUUAAGGAGAAAGUAAAAUAA